AUGGCUGAUUACGAUGAACUAAGUGAGAACCGCAAGAGAAGUAGCCCUUCUCCUGUCUCCUCUUCCAAGUCUAGCAAGAGAGCCAAGACCAAGGCAUCCCCUGCUGGGGAGAAGUCCAACCGUGGACUUCGCCACUUUUCUAUCAUUGUCUACAACAAGGUCAAGGAAAAGGGAACCACCACCUACAAUGAGGUUGCUGAUGAACUUGUCCAAAAGGUUCUGUCUGAACGAUCUGAUGAAAUGAAGGGCAAGGAUGACGAGAAGAAUAUUCGCCGUCGUGUCUACGAUGCCCUCAAUGUUCUAUCUGCUUUGGAUAUUAUCACCAAGGAGAAGAAGGACAUUACCUGGAAUGGUCUUCCGACUGCCAAGAAGCAAGACCUUCAACAGAUGAAGGAUGAGAUCGCCCAGAGAGAGCGACAACUUCAAGAGAAGAAGCAAGUCUUGAAGGAACUACUUGUUCAAAAGGUUAGCUUCCACAACUUGGUCAACCGCAACAGUCACAGCGCUAUGCCGAGGGAUCACAUUCCCUUGCCGUUUGUUGUGGUCAACACCCACUCUUCCUCUGUUGUUCAAUGCGACAUGAGCCGAGACAAGACUGAUGUUAUGCUCGAGUUCUCCAUGCCUUUUGAGAUCAAUGAUGACAACACCAUUCUCAAAAAGAUGGGAAUGGACAAGACAAACUACCGUGACUUGCAAACUAUGUUGCCUCCUGACAUUCUUGAAUACUGCCGAGACAACCAAAUGCUUGAUCACGUCAUGCACCCCCAGCACAUGCCGCCAAUGCAACACAUGCAUCGGCCCAUGGAACCUUACCACGGGCACCCUGCCCAUCACCGAGCACACUACUAUGACCACAUGGGUCCUUAG